GAUUGGUCCUGAGACGCACGAGGCGACGAUUGGUCCGGUGAUGGACGUGACUAAGUACCUGAUCUGUAAACACUGUAAUUUACGAUAUCCUUUUUUAAGUCAAUACAUAUGACAUACAGGGAUUUUGUAUCCGGGGGAAAUAUAUUGUUGGAAGCCACAGUGACUACUGAUAGUUUUUAAACGAGUGGUUAAAAGACUUUCGCGUUAAAAACUUGGUUAAUACACAUUUAUGAACUUUUCCAAGUAGCGCGUGAAAGGACAGUGCUUGUUCCUCGCGCAUCUCCCUGUCCUUUAAGCAACAGCCUCGGUAGUAACGUGAACCAUUAAGCUAACUGACGUUACUCAUGUGAGGGUUGUUUUCACCACACUGAAGCGUCCGUCGGUUCACCGACGGUUACAGGCGCUGGAGAUGAACUGGGUCGGCGGUUCGAGGAAGCGGUUUGUGGCGAAGAACGAUGCACAGAAACAGAGGGAGUUCUUUGAAAAGAGAAAAAUGCAAAACAAGUUGAAGAGCUUGGGGAUGGCUCUGCCAGACUCCCCCCCUCGAGGCACAAGCUCUGGUGGUAUGGACCUGGUGACUUUGUUCAUCGUCAACCAAAUCGCUGCUAGGAAAGAAAUUAAAGAUCCUCCAAAAGUGGCAGUUUUUGGCAGCUGUAAAGGAGGCUCGAAGCAUAAGAGAAACAAGCCCCUGGUACUCCCAAUGAGCCCCUGCUCUCCAUCACAGCUGAGUCUUCUUGAGGGAGAGUCUCAGUACAGUGCUCAAGGACAGAGAAAAAGAAAGCAUGUUAUUCCUCGAGGCUUCAAGUGCGGGCAGCUGUCACCAGUGCUGGAGUCAGCUUUCUCAGACAACAGCGCGUCUGACUACCUGCCACCCAUGACCGACCCCCUCAUCCCCUUCUCCUCCAUCUCAUCAGCUUCGGACCAAGUCAACCGGUUUUCCCCAGGAAUAUUCCCCCUGCAGCUGAACCUCCAGCAGAGAAGCCAGACGCAGACACAGCUACCUCCCCCCUGCUCCCGUCCCCUCUGGGACACCGCAGUGCUGGGCCACACCGAGUUCCAGCCCUUCUCCCAGCCCAGAGGCAUGACGGACUGCGUCCCCUGGUCCUGCGGGCCAAACCCACCCCUCUACCAAAUGGAGACCCCCACAGCAGCCCGAGUCCUGUUUAGAAGUCCAGAGCGACACAACGCAGAGGCCUGGGACCAAGCGGGACGCGAGGUCACCUUUUCUCUCAGCCAAUUAGAGGACAAGGAGCCCAUGUUGGAGUUCACGCUUCACCAGUCAGAAACUGAGCGGCAGUUUGAGGGGGAGGUCUUUCGGGGCUUCAGCACGGAAGAAUGUGAAGGAGAAGCGUCACAUUUUGGGAGAGGGACAUCAAAGAUAUAUCUCAAAGAUGACACACCAGCCGCGUCUUCAAGGCCACAAACUGUCCCUGACUCACAGUGCAUGGACGUGGAGGGAAGCAACCACAUGCACCUCUCCAACUGCACUGACGGGAACUUUUCCGCAGCAUGUCUCGAACACAAAAACAACGGCUGUGAAUACUCGCCGGGUUACUCUUGUAGCGGAGGUUACCUCAGUUCAGACUCAGAUGACGAUGAAGAAUGCUGUCGGCCACCAUGUCUCCAGGCUGCCUCCUCACAUAUGGACCACACCUUUUGUGCCAACAACCUUGACUCAUGCUUCAGUGAUAAUCAGGAAGUCAUGGGGAAUGCAGCGUUCCAAGUUAAAGGCUGGGGAAGCAACGCACCUCAGUUUGCAUCCCCUCCGGCUUUGGCUCAAAGUCAGAACUCAGAGCUGUGCACGUGCAAGAAAACACCCGCUGAAACCCGAGAUGCGGGAACUCAAACUGUCGGCAACCUCACAGCUCAGACGUGCGACUCCGGGACCCAGUGCAGCGCCGUUGCAGAAGCCAGUGGGCUCGACUCUUGUCUUCCACCUGUUGAUGUGUCAGUGCAGCCUCCAGCCACAGGGAGGCAAACUGACACCGCUGUAGAGUCAAGAGCUCACACACCUUCAUCAGACAAGUGGAGGAGUGGAGAGAAGCAUACGCCCUGGACCAGGAAGCAAUCCAAGGAGCCAUUCGUUGCUGGUUCCCUGUCACGCAGCAGCUUCAUAAACAAGUGCACUGAUGGCAGAGGGAUCCUGCAGAGACCUAUAAACCCCUUUCUAGAGGCUCUGAGCAUGACUGAUGGCGGAGGAAAGGACAAUAGAGAGGAGAGAGGCCAACAAGAAAAUGGCCUUUCAAAUGACGCGAUGGAGGAGGUCACAUCUGGCACCGGGGCUCACGGUCUCUCCGAAGAGGCCGAGACUCUUCAGGAAAUAGCCGACAUCUUGCUCCUGCUCAAACAGAGGAAGGAAGUGACGAAGUAAGCCGGAGGAAUUGAGGAAAUAAGCAGGAACCUUUUCAUGCCUGUUCAGUGCACGUGUUGUUGUUUUAUUCAUAGCAUUAUUUAAUAGUUUGUUUUAAGCAUACAAACCACACACAAUAUUCAAAGUGUUUGUUCAAAAGGGUUAUGAAAGAGACACGGAAAUAAAGCCCCAAAGCGUUACUUUGA